AGUGAACACCCCCGUUCGCCACGAAGACAUGGCGGGUUACAGUUCAGUUUACAAUAAUACCUCAUUAACCGGCAAUCAUAUAAUUUAUUUACUUUUUCUUCAUCACAAAAUAAACAAUAUCAAUUUAAUCAGGCAAUGUAAUUAAAAUAUCAGCAGAGUUUUAAUACAACACUCAAAUAUAAUUGUUUAUAAAUUAAUUUUGCUAUUAGUAAAAAAAAAGUCAGCCAAUUUAGGAUUUAAAAAAAUAUCAAGAUGCUUCCAUUAUCACAUAAAGAUUCAAGAAGUUUUGGUAGUAGAAUUAAAGAAAAAAUUCUCGGUUGGAAACGUUUAAUAUUUUCUGAUCAAAAUACAAGAAAUUUAUUUUUAUUUUUAUUAUUAAAUUUAUCAUUUGCAUUUGUUGAAUUAACAUAUGGAAUAUGGACAAAUAGUUUGGGUUUAAUAUCCGAUAGUUUUCAUAUGUUUUUUGAUUGUACUGGUUUAUUAGCUGGUCUUGUUGCAUCAGUUAUAACAAAGUGGCGUGCAAAUGAUCGUUAUUCAUAUGGUUAUGUUAGAGCUGAAGUAUUAGCUGGUUUUGUAAAUGGUUUAUUUUUAUUAUUUAUUGCAUUUUUUAUAAUGUCAGAAGCUGUUGAACGUGCUAUUGAACCACCAGAAGUUAAACAUGAAAGAUUAUUUGUUGUAUCAGUACUUGGUUUACUUGUUAAUUUAGUUGGAAUAUAUGCAUUUCAACAUGGUCAUGGACAUGGACAUGGUGGUCAUGGUCAUAGUCAUGAUGCUGGUGGUGGACAUGGUCAUUCACAUUCUAAUAAACAUGGACAUUCACAUGGUAAUCAUGAUGGUAGUCAUGAAAUUGAACUUGAUCAUACUUUAAGUACUGGUAAUUCACAAAUAAUGAAAGGUGUAUUUCUUCAUAUAUUGGCUGAUACACUUGGUUCUGUUGGUGUUAUAAUAUCAGCAGUAUUAAUGCAAAUGUUUGGAUGGAUGAUUGCUGAUCCAAUAUGUUCAAUGUUUAUAUCAUUACUUAUUAUAUUAAGUGUAUUAUCAUUAAUCAAAGAAUCAGCAGUUAUAUUAAUGCAAAGACAACCAUCAGCGUUGGAUCAUUUAUUACCACAAUGUUAUAAUAAAGUAACACAAUUAGCUGGUGUUUAUAGUGUACAAGAACCACAUUUUUGGACUUUAUGCUCAGAUAUUUAUGUUGGAUGUUUAAAAUUAGAAGUUGCAAGAACAGUUGAUCCAAAAUAUGUUGUUGCACAUACACAAAUGAUAUUUCAAGCUGCUGGAGUACGACAAUUAACUGUACAACUUGAUUAUGCAUCUAUGUGAUACAUUAAAUAUUCAUUGUUUAUUAUUAUUGUUUAGUUGAAAUUGUUAUUUACAAUUUUCAUUUAUGUUUUCAUCAAGUGGACAGAUAAAAAACAAAUUUACAAAUUGCAAUACGUAUACGUAACAAUUAUUUUGUGGUUUAUUGUUGAAAAAUAAUAAUAUUCAUAAACAAUUUUACGUUUAAAAAUUUGAAACACUAAAAAAAACAAAAAUUUUAUAUAUUAUUUGAAAAAACAGUUAUGCAUUUAAUUUUGAUGAAUGAAUGACAGUGUGAAGAAUCAAGUUUUUGAAUUUUAAAAAUCAUUAUUCAAGCUGAAAUAUAUGUGAGUUAAACGUAUGUAUUUAUAAAUUUUUAAUUGUAAAUACACCAAUGCUAUGGUGUUUCAAAAAAGUACUAUUGUAAAUGACUUUUUUUUUUUUUUUUCUUUUUUUUUCUAUUGAUUUUUUACGAUGACAAUGAUUCUCAAGAAAAAAUUAAUAUUUAAAAUAAUUUCUACUAUAAUUAUUUGCAAUAUAUAAUUUUUUUCGAUAAAUUAAAAAUUAUUUAAAAAGAAAAUAUUUAUCUUUUUGUAUCAAUUAAAUACUUAAACCUUAUUUAUUAUUUUUUUAUAAUUUUUAAUGCAUUUUUACGAUUGUAAAUAAAAUUUUAAAAUAA